CCAUAAUCUAAGGAUGCAACACAACACUGGUACAGCCCGCUCAUCAUUUUCAGCUCGGCUGCGCAACGACGAUGUAGAUAGACGGAAGGUAUAAAGCUCGGAUGGCUGUAGUGUUCGUUCUAUAUUAACUCUCGAGUCAAUUCUGACACCUCCAACAUGUUCUCUUCCAAUUUCUCUUGGUCCUUUACAGCGAUUGCGAUACUACUCAGCGGUGUAACCGCACUUGUUGACCCUACAGAAGUGUAUAAUGGCGGCUUCAAUUCAACGAGCAACAACACUUUGUUACGCAUUGCAACUGGAGGCGCUGGACAAAGUGGCUUGGUCAAAGUCCUCGCCGACGCAUUCAUUCAAGACAGCGUACAAAAUGGAUCGCAGCCGUUCAGCAUUGGCUGGGUAUUGAGCGACACGACAUUCACCAUCAAGAACCUUCAGACUGGCGAAGCAGAUCUUGGCAUCUCUUACGUCCCAGCGGCCGAGCAGGUCGCAGCUGAACAGGGCAUCAUUGAUUCUAAAACAGGUCGCUACUAUCUCUUCCGCGACCACUUCAUCAUUGCCGGACCCCUCGAGAAUCCCGCCAAUAUCAGCAGCAACAUGAGUGUUACUUCCAUCUUCGCAAAGAUAUACCAGACAGGCGAACUCAACAACGCAAGGACAGUAAUCCCAACUCGCUUUUUGACCCGGUACGAUAAGUCCGCGACAAACCUCAAGGAGUCUACGCUGUGGCUGGGAAUUGGUCAAGUGCCAUGGGCACUGCCAUAUUCGACGUGGUAUCACCAGUUCCCAGCGUUCCCGAUCCAGGCGUUGAGCACAGCAAGCUUGUUGAAGGAGUAUACGCUGACGGAUCGCGGAACACUGUUGUCACUCGAGCAGCUGCAGCCCAAUCUCACAGCUGCACUGGGGCAGUUUAAGAUAGGCUCUGACGACGAGACUGAUCCGCUUCUAUUGCCAGGACACUUGCUUGUAGGUAAUAAGGCAAGGAAUGCCACGCUUGCGCAGCUGUUCGCGGCUUGGGCGACAAGUGCUAGGGGUCAGAGUGUGGUGACGGGGUUUAAGAAGAAUGGGAAGCAAUUGUACAGUGGGGCGCCAUAGAUUUACAU